AUGAGGAGGUGCCUUUCUAAAAUCACUGACUGCCACAGGGGUUUCAAGAAUUUGAACUUCUUCUUGGUUGGUUCUGAAGUUGGGUCUAGCUCAGUGUCAAGAACCAUUACUAGUACUAGUAGUAAGCGUUUGUUUAGCAGUUAUGCAGCUCAAGUUGAUCAGACAAAAGACAAUCCUGUCUCGGACAUGUUGAUGGAUUCAUUUGGUCGUUUACAUACUUACUUGAGGAUAUCUUUGACUGAGCGAUGUAACCUACGGUGUCAGUAUUGUAUGCCGUCUGAAGGUGUGGAACUUACUCCUAAGCCUCAGUUACUGUCACAGUCUGAGAUUGUUAGGUUGGCUGGUCUUUUUGUUUCUUCUGGAGUUAACAAGAUUCGGUUGACCGGUGGUGAGCCUACAGUUAGGAAGGAUAUCGAAGAGAUUUGUCUGCAGUUGUCUACCUUAAAAGGUUUGAAGAACUUGGCUAUUACUACAAACGGUAUCACUCUUGCGAAAAAGCUACCAAAGCUUAGGGAAUGCGGGCUUGAUUCGAUAAAUAUUAGUUUGGAUACUUUGGUACCAGCAAAGUUUGAGUUUCUGACUAGACGUAAGGGACACGAGAGGGUUAUGAAAUCGAUUGAUGCUGCUAUUGACCUUGGUUACAAUCCCGUAAAGGUCAACUGCGUUGUCAUGAGGGGAUUGAAUGACGAUGAGAUUUGUGAUUUUGUGGAAUUGACACGGGAUAAGCCAAUUAAUGUCCGGUUCAUCGAGUUUAUGCCCUUUGAUGGAAAUGUUUGGAAUGUAAAAAAACUUGUGCCUUAUGCAGAAGUAAUGGAUAAAGUGGUACAGCGCUUUCCGAGUAUAAAACGUAUGCAAGAUCACCCGACUGAAACAGCAAAGAACUUUAAGAUCGAUGGACAUUGCGGUUCUGUAUCUUUCAUCACAUCCAUGACAGAACACUUCUGUUCUGGCUGCAACAGAUUAAGACUUCUUGCAGAUGGGAACUUCAAAGUUUGCUUGUUCGGUCCUUCAGAGGUUAGUUUAAGAGAUCCUCUCCGGUCUGGUGCUGAUGACGAGGCACUGAGGGAAAUUAUAGGCGCUGCGGUGAAGAGGAAGAAAGCCGCACACGCUGGAAUGCUUGACAUUGCCAAGACAGCUAAUAGACCAAUGAUACACAUCGGUGGCUAA